CGCACGGUCGAACACACCAGUGACACCACCACCACCGAUGGGCGCCAUGAAGAGAUCGCCGCUGGUGCUCCUGCUCCUGCUCUCCCUGCUGUGCUCCUCGCUCGCGCUCGCGUCGUACUCGUACGGGGACGCCGGCGGCGAAGGGCGCUCCGGCUCCGGGCGGCCGUACCACUUCGGCGAGGAGAGGUUCCGGCAGUGGGCGCAGUCCCGGCAGGGGCGGUUCCGGGUGCUGGAGCGGUUCACGCACGAGCUGCUCGAGGACGCCGUCGGCAACUACCGCGUCGCCGAGCUGGAGGCCGCGCCGCGCGCGUUCCUGCAGCCCAGCCACUACGACGCCGACGAGGUCAUGUUCGUCAAGGAGGGCGAGGGCGUCGUCGCGCUGCUCGCCAGGGGGAAGAGGGAGUCCUUCUGCGUCAAGGAGGGCGACGUCCUCGUCAUCCCCGCCGGCGCCGUCGUCUACUCGGCCAACACGCACGGCUCCAAGUGGUUCCGCGUCGUCAUGCUCCUCAACCCCGUCUCCACCAAGGGACGCUUCGAGGAAUUCUUCCCCAUCGGAGGCGAGAGCCCGGAGUCGUUCUUCAGCGUCUUCAGCGACGACGUUCUCCAGGCCGCGUUCAACACUCGCCGUGAGGAGUGGGAGCAAGUGUUCGAGAAGCAGAGCAAGGGCGAGAUCACGACGGCGUCCGAGGAGCAGAUACGGGAGCUCAGCAGGUCCUGCUCGCGCACCGGCCGCAGCCACGGCGGCGGCGAGUCCAUGUGGGACAUCAAGCUGUGCAGCCUCACGAGCAAGAGGCCGCUCCACUCCAACAACCACGGCAGGCACUACGAGAUCACCGGCGACGACUGCCCGCAGCUCCGGGCGCUCGACAUCGAAGUCGGCCUGACAAACCUCUCCCGCGGCUCUAUGACAGCGCCGAGCUACAGCACCCAUGCCGACAAGUUAUUCGUCGUCCUGGAUGGCAGCGGCUACUUCGAGAUGGCGUGCCCGCACCUGUCCAGCGGCCGGUCAUCGUCGCCGCGCCGGGAGCGUGGGCACGGCAGCAGGGAGUGGGGCAAAGAGGAGGAGGAAGAGGCCGAGCAAGAAGGCGGGCAGAAGUCGAGGGGCUACAAGCAGGUGAAGUCCCGCAUCAGGGAGGGCUCCGUGAUCGUGAUCCCGGCGGGGCACCCGAUGACGCUCGUCGCCGGCGAGGACAACAACCUCGCCGUCCUCUACUUCAGCGUCAACGCCAGGCACGACGAGAAGGUGUUCCUGGUGGGCAGCAACGGCCUGCUGCGGCAGAUGGACGAGGCGGCCAAGGCACUGGCGUUCGGGGCGGAGAAGGAGAAGGUGGACCGCGUCAUCGGGGCGCAGAGCGACGCCGUGUUCCUGCGCGGGCCCAACAGCCGCAGGGUCUCGUCCGCGUGAACAGGAGCGGACGAUCGCCGGCGUUGACGCUAGCUCGUGGCCACCGGCUCGAGGUCAUGCCAUGGUGAGGGAGGGUAAGAGUGGAAUAAGUUAGCUGCCGCGCGUGUACCCGCGGGUGGCGUCGUGUACGUACGUGUAGAGGAGGGUGCUACUGUUGCGCGCGUGCAUGCAUGUGUUGUACGGGAAUGUGUAUGUAAUCGAACCUACCUACGUCUUGUACGUGAAAUAAUGUAAUGCCACUUUCUUCUCUCUUUUUCGAGACC